AGUCGUUUAGACAUUUUAACGAAUACCUUUCCCCUCCGUUUCCGGCAUCUCUGUAACCCUAGACCCUAAAAUCCCAAUUUCUAAAUCGACAUUUGAAAUUAAUUUUUUAUUUUUAUAUGAAUAAAUACUGCAACUUUUCUAUUUGGUGGUGAACGUAGAAAACAAAACAAAUAGAAAAUAAAUAAAAAUGGCGUCGAGCUUGCACCAAUGGGAGUCGGACCCUCUGUAUUCCGCGGCCGAAGUCGUCCAAGAUUCCGCUGACAGGAUGGAAUCGGUUUUCCGCUCUCUGCUGCAUGAGCUCAGUCUUGUUCAAGGUGACUGUCCAGACCCAAAGUUACAUGUGUCAAUAGAUUAUCACAAACGCGAUCUUGCUACUACACUUGAAACGACAAAGUGGCAGUGAUUCUCUCCUGCCAGUUGGAAGACUUUGAAAGAGCAGUGGCAGGCAGGUCUCAAAAUCGGGAGGAUGUAAAUUCAAGACACAAGCAGUUAUCGGAGCCAUGAGGGAACAAAUACUUUAUGUGGAGAAGAGCUUGGAGGGCACACCGAUAGGAGAUCCCAUGCGAAAUACAGAGUGGGUUAACUUGAAUGAACAAGAUAGACAUGGUUUGGCAUUGUUUCUUUCUGGUGGAAAUAACGCCGAGCCCACUGAUGGUCAAGAAGUGGAGGACAGCAGUAUCUUGAGAAGAUUUCUUGAUCCAACCGCAUCUAGUGCUAAAGACAGUACUUCUGGUAUAGAUGAGCACAAAAACAGAGAAAUUGAGGACUUGAAUACGAAUGGAGUGGUGCAUGUGGACCGUGUUAUUGAAUCUAGAAAGGAGAACAACUUGAGUAAAGUUGGUUACUAUAACAGAUUUGGUGAAGGUGGGAGUUGGGACAUCGGCAAUACAAGGUUGAAAUCUGAUUUUACAGAUUCUUUUCCACAGACCUCUUGUAACAGAUAUGGAGGUGGUGAGAGUCGGGAUCUGGAAGCUAAUGAAGCCAAACCUGAAAGCUUCAGCAGAACAAACAUAUUGGGGUUCUUGAAUACUGCAUGGAGUGUGUAUGGGAGUAGGGUCACUGGGAGCUAUACAAAGAGAUUUAAAGAUGGAGAAGAACAAAGUCAUUCCCCAUCAAUUGCUGAUGUUUCUCAUGCCGCUCAGGUUCAGCAUCAGGGAACGUGGUUGUAUAGAAAUUUUAAAGAGUUGUGUAUGGGGAUCCGGACAAUAGUUAUGUACUUACGGACCUGGCUUGGUGUAUUUAGGGCAAGAUAUGAAAGAUCACCUUAUCACAUUCAAGUUCAGCGGCAUUCUAUUCACGUGGUAUUGAUAAUACUACUUUCGCUCAUUAUUUUAGGCACACUGGUGUCCCGGCUUGCUUAAAGACAUUCGUGGUUUGGGUACACUCUACAAUCUGUACAUGCAAAGGGUUUUCUCAAGACAUUUUAACGUGGGAAGAACUGCUUUUUCGCCAUCUGACCCUCUUAUCAUGGUCGGAUGCAAACACUAUUCAAACCUGGAGAAAUUGUGCACCAUUGGGCAUCGCGUCAUUACUCGAGUGAGUCUCUGACUGUAAGAUGUAUUGGUUUUGUGAUCGUCGAUUCUGCUACAAGUCUGCAUGAUUGUUAUGUCAAGAAUGGAGCCGUUGGAACCAGUCGAUAAUGGUUUGGUUUCUGCAGUGUGUAAAUUUGUGGUUACUCGAGUUAUUAUGUUGUAUUUGGUCAGAACGGGGUCAGCUGGGGUCGAUCCAUUGUUUUCCAGUCACCAUAACCGGAAUUCAUGCUGUCUACAUUUUGAUUGGUGUGGUAGAUCCGCUUCAAUAAUACUUGAUCUGGAGGAAAAUUGAUAGUCGUGACAUUGCAUAACAUUGCUAUCGCGAGUCUUACAUUUCAGAGCAAAAGAAAACGAAACCCGAGCUGAACAGCAGAUUCUCAAUUGUUCGAGUUUCCUGGAUAUCAAGUGUCGUAAUGACAACCAAUGUAUUAAAAGGAGGAGGUGUAGGCGAGGCGUUCCAUGGAUAGCCUUGCCUAGGCAUGAGGGGACCUUUGGUCGUACCCAGUGCACAAGGCUCCCGCUUUACGCAGGGUCUGGGAGAUGUUCCAACAUUCUUGAGGAAAUUUCAAUUCUUGAAGACAAGUUUUUCAAGAUUUAUGGAUUUCUUUUGCUUCAAAUUUGUUAAAUUAUUAAACUAGAAGUUAAUCUUGUUCAAAUGUUCUCAUAAGAAAGCAUAUGAGAACGUGACACAUCACGUGUUCGAUGAAAUGUGUCUAAGUACUGCUCUUUUGGCAGAAAUGCAAAGUUGUGAAAGCCAAAUAUUUUGAGUUAGAAAA